UUCUUUCUCCUCUUUCAACCUCGCCGAACCCAUCUUCUCUCAUCUUUCUCCCCCCAACAAAACCCCGUCGACAACUCUCCCUUAGUCGAUAAAAAUCCAUCAAAUUAUUGUCGCCGCCAUCGCGAUAGGUGUAUCGCAAACUAACCAGCUUUUUUCGUACAUUGCAGUCUAUCGGGGCAGAUCCAGGCAGUUGGAGAAUACUGUGAUUCACCUCCAGCCAUCUUCUUUCAUCAUCGGCCGGAGGCUGUAGUCGCCAUAGUACUCUGCUCUCAAACUCACCGUAACAUCUGAUCGGGAUAAAAACAAGAACACAAAGUGAAUACACGACAUAGAUCGACAUAGAUCGUAGUCCUGCGAAGAACCAUCUUGGUCUUUUGUCACAACACCCUUUUCAGGGCUUAAAAACUCAACUCUAUACUCUUUCUCUCAUCACAUCCAUCAACACUUUAUCCGCCAUGUCAUCCGCAGUAGCAGAACUUGAAGCUGCUCUGCAGGCCAUGUUGUCUUUGAAACCUCCUGGAGUAUCUGGAUCGCGCAUAGCCACCCUCACAGCCCUCUGUUUGGCAAAUGUCCAGUCAGAGUCUGUCCUCGUCCAGAAACUGUACACUCACUUGAGGAAAGCUCCCUCAACCCACAAGCUCGGCGUUCUAUACGUUCUAGAUUCUGUAACUCGAAAGUGGAUUGAACAGGCCAAAGCCAACGGCCAACCCAUAACUGUUUCUGCCCAAGAUGGCACAUAUGCUGCAGGGGUCCAUAGAGUAACGGAACUAUUACCAGUAUUGAUGAACGACAUAAUUGCAUCGGCACCCGAUGAUCAAAAGGACAAGAUCAAGAAGCUCGUUGAGAUCUGGGUAAAGGGAGAGACAUUCCCCGCAGACAUGCUCAAUUCAUUCAAGGAGAAACUGAACAAGUCCACAACCCCCGAAGGAUCACCACCAGCAGAUGUAGGGAGGUCCUUCCCUGGAGCCCCACCACCAGCGACAAACGCGCCAAAUACCUCGUCCAUUUUGGAAGCCCUGGCCAACAUGGCCCGACAGAAUACUACCGCAGCUGCAGCACCCCAGGCCAUUCCAGCUCCUGCUCCCGUCCAAGAUAAUGCCUACAGUAUGCCACAGGCACAGAGUAAUGGUGCAAGCCAUGUGUCAGCUCUGAAUCCUACGUAUCCGUUUCCACCUAGUACGCAAUCUGUAAAUGUGCCAGCACCUGCAGCGGCUAAUUAUGGAUCGAUACCCCAGGGGCAAAACAAUGGAGCUCCGAACUACCCAAGUAACCCAAAUCUACCACUUGGAGCGGGCGCUCCUGCGCCUGCUGCGGCUGGCCUUAACCCAGACCUGCAGCGCCAGAUUAUGCUCAUAAAGACAUUGUCCGAUGCGGGAGUUCCACAGGAUCAAUGGGGGGGAAUAAUUGCUGCUCUUACUCAGACUCAAGCUGCAGCCCCAGUUGGAAGCGGCGUAAAUGUUGGCGGUGCACCUACAGCAUCUUAUGGCGUAGCACCUCCAAAUACCUGGAACCCCAAUGAAUCACGUGAUCAUGGUGGUCCCAACGAGGCUGUCAGAUCUCCACAAGGACGUUACCGCAGACGCUCUCGUUCGCAGUCUCCUGCGCGUGGAUGGAAUGCUCCUCGUGAUUCUCCAAACUCGCGUCGUCGUGAUGACAACCUUGGUGACUAUGGUAGAAAUUCUCCAGCGUAUGGCCGAGAUCGGCACAACGAGUACCGCCAGCGCAGCCCAGCUCGCCGGGGUCGUAGCCCAUCUCCACCACGAGGCUUCUAUGAUGGCCGUUCCGGAGGCACCAAAUGGGUCGAGUUUGACCAUUCAAUUCCGAAAGGAAGCAUCAAAGUUCUCAGCCGCACCCUAUUUGUUGGUGGCGUAACAUGUUCUGACCAGGAACUGAGGCGCAUUUUCGACCAAUUCGGUCGCGUGCAAACCUGUAUCGUCAACAAAGACAAGCGCCACGCGUUUGUGAAGAUGGUCAGCCGUCAAGACGCCAUCACCGCCAAGGAAGCCAUGGAAGGCAGCAGGAACCCCGACUCAUCCCUGAGGACCAGAUGGGGCGUCGGCUUCGGGCCACGUGAUUGCAGCGAUUACCAGACGGGCGUCAGCAUCAUCCCGAUUAGCAAGCUCACCGACGCGGACAGGAAGUGGAUGCUUAGCGCCGAGUACGGUGGCAGCGGAGGAAAGCCCAUCGAGAGCGGGAUGGUUGUCGAGGAGCCCGAUAUCGAGAUCGGCCAGGGCGUCUCGUCCAAGGCUAUCAGCCGCCGCAUGCAGACCGACAAGGGCGGACAGUCGGGUCCCAAGUCCGGUCGCGACUUCGACGAAGACGAACACCGCCGUGACCGUCGUCGUGACGAUGAUCGCAAGGAUCGCGGCCACGGUGGUUCAGCCCCAUUCAACCUCCCCAACAUCUCGGGUAUCCCAAGCUAUCCGUAUGGGAUGCCCCAGGGGAUGCCGCAGCUGGUCAACGGGAUUCCGAUGUUCCCUCCUGGAUUCGUAUUCCCGGGCAGCCAGCCACAGCAGCCACCGCCACCAGGCAGAGGCUGAGCGGUUAGUUAGGUCGACUGGGUAUUCAUCAUAGGUGCACGGCGCAGGGUAUAUCAUCGGAGAGAACAUGGCUCGUAUAUUGACUGCACGGCUCGGCGUUUUAUGGCGUGUUUAUAGGGGAGGAGGUUGCGGAAGUGCUGCGCAUGUGAAAUGUACUAUUUACAGCGUUUUUGCUUUGGUUCGCUUCGGCCUUUCGUCGAUUUUUAUACUAUGGAAGCGAACUACAGGGCCAAUGAGAGGCUUAAUAGCAUCAAGUCAACUGCCAGGGAUUCGAUGGCUAGUUAGAGGGGAAGAUUCAUUCAGAAUCAGAAGUGUAGUAAUAAGUAUCAUUUUCGCA